GAGCAACAUUACUUCUGCCACCACACCGACAUGCCAAACUUAGACAACGGAGACAAGAUUAUAAUGCCUCUUUCCUCUCUCGACCGGCCCACGAGCCUCAAGAUCGAUUACCCUAUGUUGUUGGAAACCCUAAACCCUAAAACCGGACGAGUUUCUCACUGUGGAGUUUUAGAGUUCACCGCCGAGGAAGGCAACAUCUACACGCCACGAUGGAUGAUGAAAAUCAUGGGACUCGAGGAAGGAGAUGUCGUUCUGAUCAAGAGUGCGAGCCUUCCAAAAGGGACUUACAUAAAGUUGCAGCCUCAUAAGAAGGAGUUUAUCGAGCUUUCAAACCCUAAAGCUUUAUUGGAAGCGAAGCUUCGCAACUUUUCUUGUUUGAGCACCAGCGAUACUAUCAUGCUAAUGCACAACAAUAAGAAAUUUUACAUCGAUGUGGUUCAAACUAAGCCUGGUUUUGUAAUAAGCGUGAUUGAAACAGACUGUGAGGUCGAUUUUGCGAUUCCUUUAGAUUGUACUGAACCCGAAAAUCAGUUCGAUCGGAGAUUGUAA